CUAAUACGUAGCGCGCACGGAUUCACUAAUAGAAUUUCAUUACGCGUUUUCAAUUGUGGUAACAAAGUGUUGUUGCUACAACUUUUUUUUUAAGCAAAAUGGCUCCCGUUGCUCAGAUGGUUGAUAUGAAUGCUACUGUACCUAAUAACACAAUUUUGUUUGAUGUGUCAAAAAAAGAGAUUUUUACUCCAAAUAAUGGUUUUAAAUCUUGGAGUAGAAAAAUAAAAAACAAUUGGAAAGUUGUUAUAAAUAAAGAUGAAAUUUCUAAAGAAAAGUUAUCUAGUGUGAAGGUGCUGGUUCUUGCAAGUCCAAGAGAAAAGUUUAAAGUUUCAGAGUUUGAAGCCAUGAAAAGUUAUCUAGAAAAUGGAGGAAGCAUUCUUGCAAUGUUAAGUGAAGGAGGAGAACAAAAGACAAAAACAAAUCUUAAUUUUAUGCUUGAAGAAUAUGGUAUUAUGGGAAACACAGAUUCUGUUAUUCGUACCAGUUAUUAUAAGUAUCUUCAUCCUAAGGAAGCUUUAAUACCAAAUGGAGUACUAAAUAGGGAAAUAAAUUAUGCUGCUGGUAAAAAGCGCAUUGGUGGAAGUUCAUUAUCUGAUGCUGAUGUUCCUCAUUCCCAAUCUUGUUUGUCUUUUGUGUAUCCAUAUGGUGCUACACUAGCUGUGGAUAAACGGUCAUCAGCUGUUUUAUCUACAGGUAGUGUUUGCUUGCCGCUAUUUAGACCCAUUUGUGCAUUUCAUUCUACCAAGAACCAUCGAGGAAAAUUAUGUGUCAUUGGUUCGUGUCAUAUAUUUAAUGACCAAUAUAUUGACAAAGAAGAAAAUGCAAAGUUGUUGGAUGUUAUCACAAAAUGGCUUUCUACAGAUGAUAUUAAACUUAAUGCUAUAGAUGCAGAAGAACCAGAGAUAAAUGAUUAUAACUAUGUACCUGAUACUAUUGCCUUAAGUGAACGUUUACGAGUUUGUUUACAAGAAGGAGAAGAGGUUCCUAACGAUUUUACUCAUUGCUUUCAAGAACAACAAUACAACCUAGAUACUUCUAUGCUGCCAGCUACUCUUAGAGCGUUUAAAGAAUUAAAUGUUAAGCAUGAAACAUUAACUCUUAUUUCACCUCAGUUUGAAACUCCUCUGCCGCCUCUCGAACCAGCGGUUUUUCCUCCUCAAUUUCGUGAACUUCCAGGACCUACAUUAGACUUAUUUGACUUAGAUGAGGCUUUCUCGUCAGAGCAUGCGCGAUUGGCACAGCUCGCUCAUAAAUGCUCAGAUGAAGAUUUAGAGUAUUUUGUGAGAGAAUGUGGUGACAUACUUGGUGUAACAAAUAAACUUUCAGCAGAAUCACGUGAUGCAAAACAUAUACUAGAAUACAUAUUUGCUCAAGUUGUAGAAUUUAAAAAGUUAAACCAGGACACAGAGAUGGAUGAGACCCAAGACACUGGUGAUGUGCAGUAUUGAUUUCAAUUUCCAUCAGACCAAGUUAUAACUAUACUCCCUUCUACAUUAUUGCUUAAAAAAACUAA